AUGCCUCGCAUUCGCCCUCACACCUCCAAAACCUCCAGCAAAUCACAAAAAAUACCGCACCAAACGCCAUCCAAAAGCAAACGUACCAAGAAUUUCUACAGCAAUGGCGCCACGAAACCAAUUUUCAGCGGCUGCAAAAUGUCUCUCGCAGGAGAUUUUAUAGCCGAACGUCCUGGCCCUAAUGCUGAGCAACAAUGGAGCUAUGAGAAAAUCAGCAAAUGGAUUCGAGUUCAUGGGGGAGAGUAUGCGACGGAAAUGGAUGAAGAUACUACGCAUCUUAUUGUUACUGUUAAGGAAUAUAAGAAGAAGAGUGUGCAGGUCCGCAAAGCAAUGGCGAUGGGCAAGAGAUGCCAUAUAGUCGUUAUUGACUGGUUGGUAGACUGCCUCACGUCAAAAUUGAACAAGAAAAAGAAACUCGUUGCCACAGGUUACACGCUUGGACGAAUAAUCCGUCGCUUGCAUCAUACCGAGGACCAGAAGAUAAAAUAUCGACAAAGAUUUGAGGAGGGUGUGAAAGCUGCUGAGGAACUAUGUGACAACCGACUCCAUCAUGUUUACACCGAUCAAACGGAUUUCGAAUACAAAGUCGUCCUCACGCGUGUCCUCGUGCAUGGCAAAAACAAAAAUCAGAAAUAUACCGUUUACCUCUUUGCAUCCAAUGCCCAACCUAGUACCUAUAUGGCGGGAGCAAAACUCACAACUGCGUAUCAAAGCCCCUCUUAUCUUCGAGACGAAUGUCGUCCUAAAGUCUUCUCCGAAGCCUUCUCAGACUUCAAGGCAAUCUUCAAAUCCAAAACCUGCAUCGAAUGGGACGACCGAUACGAGCCACUUCCUAAAAACCACUUGGAAACUUUGUUCAGAUAUCAAAGACCUACUUUGGGCCAUCCAAUGGGUAUGUUACCUAGUUGGCGCAAGGCACCUAAUUGGAAGGAUGAGGAUUUGCAAUUCAAUGAGAGAGCAGUUGAUUCUUGUGGUGAGGAAGUCAAUGAAAACGUUGAGGAUGAGGACGAUGAGGUGGCUGAAAAAGAGAGAGCGAAUGAGAGGAGGAAUGAGAAGAUGGCAGUGCAGAAACGAUUGGCUGAGAGACGAAUGAUAGAGAGGAGUGAAUAUGAUAGUGAUAGUGAGGUGGAUGAUGCUGAGACAUUCGAUGAGUUGAUGAAGGAUCAUUUACCUUCUCCUCCUUCAUCACCUCAUAAACACCAAGAUCAAUCUCAACGGCAAGCGCAAGCUGCCACGGGGAUGGAGAAGGAGGAAAUUAUUGUUAUUUCUGACUCGGAGACUGACGCUGGUGAUUCGGGUGAUGGCUAUGAUGAGAUAGCAGGCUCAACUUCCUCAAAUACCUCAUCGCCACACGUUUUGCAACCACGGCCCUUGUUCUCUGCGUCAGGUAACUCGACCUCGGAUGCGAUCAUUCUAUGA